AUGAGCGUCAAUGUGCAAUUUGACUACUCUGCCGAGUUCGAUACAGCUGUCAACGAGUUCAAGACCAUUCGAGCAGAAGAGACAAGAAUCUCGAAAUGCGGUGGAGAAUUUGUCAUCGUUGGGAAUGUUACCCGUCGCCUCAAGACUAGGUCACCGUCCUGUCACAACAGGUUCCAAGACGAUCUCGACAGGCUAUGCCAGACUCACUGGCUUCGGCAAAAUUUCAUGCAACCGCCAACAAUGCAAUUGGAAGCUCUGGAAGGAUAUCUCUGUGUUUUCUACAUACUGCUUGAUAUUGGUGCUCCAUCGCAAAUCGACGUCUUUCGCGAAAAUGGCCUCAGCGACAACAAACUACCAUUCGAUAAGACAAUUCUGAACUCGGAUCGGAUACGAGUGUGGUCUUUUGAGAAAUUUUCCGACGCGUUUUUCGAGGUUCAACUAGCCUGGUGUCCGGUACAGUUCGAGCUUGGGAUGAGAGAGAAUUACUUCAACAGGAUCAUACCCGUUCUGGAGAAAACCGAGAUCAAGCCUCAUCGAGACGGUGGAGGACCGCGCAAGAACAACGCGUCUCUGUAUUCGAUUGAAGUUCCUGAAGAGAUGGUUGGCCUGGAGCUGCAGAGGAAGAUGGCCUCGGCACGGUUCAAACGCCAAGGGGACCCUUCCCAAGGUUUCCGAUACAGAUUUGCCCUCAAACAAUUCGAGUUUGAGAGACCUCGCAAUUUCCGAAACGAAGCCAACAUGUCCGAAUAUCUCAGGGACAAAGACGGUAUGGUCCAGUACAUCGGAUGGUACCAGGGACUUGAGACCGACGGCGAAGGAACCCAGCACGAGUAUUACAACCUCGUUCUGGAACUCGGGGAUUCAGACCUAUACACUGUUUUCCGCACGUCAGAACCUCCCGUCUCACCGAAGGAGAUCUCGAGUUUCUGGCACGCAAUGUUUGGCGUUUCUGAGACGCUUGCCUCCAUCUACAAACUUAGGCUCGGUGGUGUGGACUAUGACACGUGGCAUGCAGAUAUCAAACCUGAAAACAUACUUCGCGUCGGCAACAGAUUCAAGUUGGCGGAUCUUGGAGAGGCUUACAUCAAAUUGUCCAAUGCCGACAAUCGGCGACAAGGGGCCAGAGUCACUGGGGGCACAAGAACCUAUGGUGCUCCGGAAAAAGCGGCAUAUCUGGACAGCAGGAGUAUGCAGGAGCCAUCUAUCACGCAAGCAAGUGAUAUAUGGUCACUUGGCUGCGUGUUUCUUGUCGCAGCCAUUUAUGUCGCACUGGGACCCCAAGCGGUUUUGCAGUAUGCAAGAAUUCGAAGAGCUGGAUUAUUCGCCAGGACUGGAGAGAUAAGCGACACAUUCCACUACAACGACGCUGUCCUUCCUGAAGCGAUUAAGGUGCCAAAAUACAUUCGAGUGGUGCUGAGGAAGACCGAUAUGUAUACGGCCGCUGUGCUGGAUAUGGUUGACCAACACAUGUUGGUUGCGGACCCUGAAGGAAGGUUUACGGCUGAUCAAGUGCGAGAUUGGUUCAAAGCACGAUUUGGAACAAUCUCCGACUGCAACUGA